AUACAAUGCAUAAAAUUCAAAAGCUUAUAUUCUUUUAUACUUUAAACAUUCUAGCGUAUCGAAACUAUAUCACGAGCUUUGCGAAGUAAAUAACCAAGAUAGACGUCUCCGUUUUCAAGCCACGGAAGUAAGGCAGAGAUCGGCAGAGAUUUUGAAAGAUCAUCGCAGAUGAGAAGACAUGGGCAAAAUUAGCCGAGUUUUUGUUCUACUUAUCCUCGCAAGUUGGCAAAUGCCUCAUCUAAAAGGUAACAGUGAAGCAGAAAUUGAAUAUAUCUUCUAUUCAAACGCCACUCAUAUCUCGUAUAUUCCCGUUAAUGGUGGAAAACCUAAAGCUUUUGUGUCUUCACCAAGCGCGAGCCUUGGUUACGACGUAAUAAAAUACCGUCUUUGGUAUAGAGCAGAUGUUAAACUGUACAACUCAUAUUUGGAUUCAAGUGAUUUAAAAACUGUUGCGGUUCCUUCAGUUUUUGGCCCAUUUUCGGUUGAUGCAUUGAAUCAAAGUAUCUAUUACCUAACGGAUGAUAAUUUUAACCUUAAAUGGAUUGAUUACAACGGAAAUAACUUACAAAAUGUUGCUGUGUCACCAAACAAUGAUUUCAGGGAUUUGCGAGUCGACACUUAUAACAGAUCGAUAUUUUUCACCACUGAUCUUACGAACAAUCGAAAUCUCAUCCGGUACAGUCUUGCAGAUGGAACUGAUCAAACUCUUCACGAUAGUAUCACGGGAAUAGGCACUCAUCUCGUUCUUGAUACCGUGAAUAAAACCGUAUAUUGGGCUCUUUUUACAUCCGAUUCAAAUUACAAGAUAUUGAAAACAACGUACGAUGGUCAGACUUCACAGAUUGGAACAGAUCAAUCAGGAGGCAUCACAACUGUGGACAUUGCAGAUGGAAAUGGGUAUUAUUAUGUCCUCGAUUCAACAACAUCCCAAAUUUUCAAAUAUGAUAAAUCGACAGAUACAAUGGCUGCUAAGAUCUCGCUUUCGACAGAAGCAACACGAAUCGUUAUUGCGGCCGAUGUCAAUGAAUGCCUGGAUGACCCAUGUGAUCGAAAAGCAAACUGUACAAACAUUGUGGGUUCGUACAUUUGUGAAUGUCGGAAUGGUUACGAAGGAAACGGAAUAAAUUGUACAGACGUUAAUGAAUGUACUGGCGAAAAUUAUUGUUCUUCAAAUGCUGCCUGUGAGAAUAAUAUCGGAUCAUAUGAGUGUACUUGUAAUGAGGGAUAUAUGGGAAGUGGAACCGAAUGUGACGACAUUGAUGAAUGUACUGGACCAUCACAGAGAUGUACAGGUGCUGGUCAAUCGUGUACCAAUUUUCCAGGAGCCUAUCGUUGCCACUGCAUUAGUCCAAGACAACAAAUUAUCGAUGGCGAAUGUGUCGAUAUUCAGGCUUCAAUUGAAGGUCAAUUUCGAAUUAUAAAUCUCAAAUACGAUUCGUCCUACGAUAAUCAGCAAAGCAGGAAAUACUAUGAUUUUACUCAAGAAUUAAUCAUCCAGCUGACAAAUUUGUACACAAGGACAGAGAAGCUACGUUUUAUCUUCCAGGAAAUCAUAAUUUUACGAUUAUUUCCGGGUUCCGUUGGCUUCGAUUAUCUGGCAACAUUCAAUGAUACAAAAGGAAUAAACAAUGAAAAUGUUCGGGAAGAGUUGGCCAGUUCUUUCAACGUUACAGGAAGUGGCACGUUUCUUGGGAAAAACCUUCAAAUUAGCAAGAGCACAAAUAUUACUCAAGUGAAAAGCCUUUUCACUGUUAAAGAUUAUGAUGAAUGCAAUCCACAAAAUAAAAUCCAUACGCCAGACUGUGGUUUCAAUGCAACGUGCAUAAACACAGACACAAGCUACGAUUGUGUUUGCCAUUCUGGGUUUGAAAAAAAUCAUACCGGUUGUAUGGAUAUUGACGAAUGUGAUAGAAGAACUCACAAUUGCCAUAAAAAUGCUAUUUGCAUUAAUUAUCAUGGCUCUUUCAAGUGUUUUUGCAAGACAGGGUAUCAUGGAAAUGGAACUAAUUGCCAAGAUAAGAAUGAAUGUGUUCAUGAGGAUCACAAUUGCCACGAUAAUGCAACGUGCAUAAAUAAUGAUGGCUCGUUUCACUGUAUUUGUGAUUCUGGAUUCACAGGAAAUGGAACUCACUGUAAAGAUGUGGACGAGUGUUCUGAAAGCGAAAGUGUUUGCCAUGGAAGCGCGACAUGUACAAAUAUCAUAGGAUCUUUCCAUUGUGCUUGUAAUUUGGGAUACCGUGGAAAUGGAUCUUAUUGCGAGGAUAUUGACGAAUGUGCAGAAGGGAAUCACAAUUGUCACAGCAAUGCAACAUGCACUGAUAAUGACGGCUCUUUUAACUGCAUAUGUAGUAUCGGUUUCACUGGAAAUGGAACUUAUUGUAAAGACGUCGAUGAGUGUUUGGAGUACAGUGGGUCUUGUCAUUCUGCUGCCACAUGUGGAAAUAUAAUAGGUUCUUUUCAAUGCACAUGUAAUUCUGGGUAUACCGGCAACGGAAAGUUUUGUGAAGAUAUAAAUGAGUGUUCUGAUCCUCCAACCAAGUGUACCAAUAAAGGUCAAACGUGUAUCAAUUAUCCAGGAGCAUACAAGUGUCGCUGCACAAGUCCGAAAGAACAGUUUGUUAAUGACAAAUGUGUUGACAUCGCAGCGUCUAUUCAAGGUCGAAUGCGGAUUAUAAAUCGUAAUUUCAUCCUGGCUUACAAUGAUUUGACAAGCUUGGAGUUCUUCGAAUUUGAGAAAGAAUUCAUUGAGGAGUUAACACGUGUUUUCAUGAGGACGUCUACACUACGCUUUACAUUCCAAGGAGCCUUCGUUACACGAAUAUUCAAUGGAUCUGUUGGUAUAGACUACGUUGCCGGAUUCAACAGCGCAACAGGACUGAGUAGUGAAAAAUUACAACAGGAAAUGUCGAUGGCAUUGAAUAUUUCAAACAGAGGCGCAUUUCUUGGCAGUGACCUCAAGAUUAGCGAGAAGACAACUCUCGCGCAAUUGCAACCUCAAAUAGCAGAGUUUUUUACGUUUAAAGAUUACGACGAGUGCUCUUUAGCAAAUAUCCAUGUACCUGUUUGUGGGAACAACACAAGAUGUAUCAACACAAAUACCAGUUAUUACUGUGCCUGUGUUGAGGGAUUUUUUCGCAAGAAUGGCACUGAUUGUUUAUCAUCGUUCAAUACAGUAAAAAAAGAUGACGUUAAUGUCGUCAGGAAUCUGAUGAUUGUGGUCCUUGUAUGGAUUUGUGUGUGCCUUACGACCGCUGUAAUUCUUACUUUUAUUGCUGGAUAUUGCAUGAGGUGCACCAAAAAACAUCAAAUGCAAUUUAAGACAGAAUUGAACUCCACACCAGAUACUGUCACUUCUCCAGUAUACAGAACACGCCCUGUCAUGGAAAACUAUUAUGAAGAAAACGAGUAACUAUAAGAAUUGGCAGUGGCGGAUCUAGGGGUGUGCAGAAUAAAUUACUA